GAACGGUUCGCCGGUCACGUGAUCCGGAGUCGACCUGAGCACCCCGUCGACGACCGGAGGGUCAGUCGACUGCAGCCCUCCGCCAGAGCAGCACCAGCCGCCGCAACACCAUCACCAUGCUCGCCAAGAUGACCUCCGCCUUCGUGGUGCUCGCGGCCCUGGCCGUCGUCGCCCUGGCCGUGCCCUUCCCCGAGUCCUCGCCCGCCGAGAACCCCCUGAGGACCAUCAACCGCGACGAAGAGUGCCGUCCCGGUCUCUGCCCCCACAUCCGGCGUCUGGUGCCCGACCUGUCCCAGGCUCCACCGCACCACAUCCAGGGCCUCGCUCGCAACCAGUUCGUCGGCGAGCCCUCGCUCUGUGGCAACCUGUGCGUGCACGACAAAGCCUGCGCCAGCCACCAGAAGUGCUGCCCCACCACCUGUGGCUACGCCUGCCAGGACACCGUCUUCAUCCACGACGAGUCCGAAGAGUACAACUACUGAGUACUUCCAUUUGUUUCCAGAAGUUGGGAUACUGAUUCAACCCAUGACUCCACUUCACCGAGUGUUAUUUAAUAUUUAUUGAUUAUGUUAAGAAAACCACAAUUUAAAUAAACCCAU